AUGUAUCUCCCUCUCCCUCUCCCUCUCCCUCUCUCUCUCUCUUUAUAUAUGCCAUUUUGAGCAGAUCUCGCCUUAUACGACAACUCUGUUUUAUUAUCUCUGUCGAACCGGUUCGCUUCGCUGCGUAUACGUAAUAUACAUGCGUGUGCAUGCGCGUGUGUGUGUGUGUGUGCUCUGCUUUUAUCUAGUCUGUCGCUUUUAUUUGGGCGCCCCUUUGUGUGUGUGUGUGUUAAUUACACACAUUUGUACCUGCUGCUUCUGUUAUUUUCGACUCUGUCUGCAUUCGAGCGUGAUUUUGUUUUCAAAAAUUUGCGCUAUUUUGCAUGUCGCUGCGCAGUCAAAAAUCGCGCAUACGCCGCGUUUCAUUCGUUUAGACAAAAUAAUAUUGUGACACUUGAAAAACUCGCUUAAUUAGCGAGGGUCGUUUAUGGAGUUGCGGCAAGAUGUGUAUUUACGAAACUUGUAUUUAUCAUGACUUUUUGGACUUCCUAAAUUAGCUAUAAACUUGGGUUUUUCUGUUAAUCAUUUAGCAAAUGUUAUUGCUUGUUUUAUCACAAAACCUGAAAGCCAAUUUGCCAUUGUCAUUUGCCGAAGCUUCUUUCCUUGAGUUAGAGCACGGCCAAUGAAAGUUGAACGUAGUUGACACAGUCGAAAUGCAAAUAAGAGAAUUCCAGAGUCGAGUUGUGUUCUACCCUGAACCCAGAGCUAGACAUGGGACGCUUUGCUGUGCUUCCCCUUGCCCCUGCCUACGGUCUCCAUAGUCCGAUCUGACAGAUCUCAUCUGUGGCUCAGCUCAGUCUUUCGAUCAAGAAUAUAUAUGUAUACCCUAUGGAGUCGGAAAUGGUUUCAGGCUAUAAUAAAAAUGCAGCAACAUUUAUUGUGUGGCACGUACUUAAUUGCUUUUAAUUGAAAACGAAGUUGCGGGUUCAAGAGUUCAGCGAACAGCAACAACAACAAGAGAGGCAACAACUUGAAUGAAUUCUUAGAAAUCGUUUAGUGCAGUCGAUAGGAGAACGUCCCAAUUGAACGCUUAAAAUAUGCUGCGAUGGCAACCAGCGGCAAUCACAGUCAACGCCUCAGCUGCACGGGCAGCCUGAGCAGUAACAGCAGCCACGCCCACAGCAAUGGGCUGCUGGUCACGUUGCCGCGCAAGCGACGGCCACGUGCCGCAGGCGAAGUAAGCGUCACGUGCCCGGCGAGCAGUGUCUACCUAAAUGCCGAGCCAAGUGCGGAGCACAGUCCGAGCCAGGCUCCGCCCGAGCCGGAGCCCAUCUAUCAGAACGAGGCGGCGGCCAUCAGUCAGCGGGCGCGGCAGCGUCAACGUCGCCUACCGCUGCAUCAGAGCGUGCUGCGCGUCAGCUAUGUGGAGCAGGGCAGAGAGUCCAUGGUGGUCAGCAGCUUUGUAGAUGACUCGGAUCACUAUUACGAGACGCUGGCGCCGCUGGGCAACAAGCGGCACUCGACGCAGCUGUCGCCGGGUCAGCAUCGGGUCUCGCAGCGGCGCGGCAAGCAGCAUUCGGCGUCGGCGCAGGCGCUGGGCCAGCAUCAGAGCAACUCGGAUGACUACGACUCCUUCGAGACGGACAGCGAUGAGCACACGGAGCCGGAGCAGCGCUUGCAACACCACAAUGACAGCGGCGUGGACAUGCGCAAUCAUCGCCUGCCGGAGCCACCGGCGCCGCAGAACCAGGUGUAUGCGAUUGUGCGCAAAUUCAAGGACUUCAUCUCCAGCAAGAAGUCGCCCAAGAGCAGUCAGCAGAAGCUCUACGAGAACAGCAGCUCCGGCUCCCAGUUCUAUGUGGAGUGUCGCAACAGGAGCAAGCAGGAGCAGUACGAGACCGCCGCCCGCUCGCUGAGCAACUCCGAGCGCAAUCUGCUGGCCAGCCAGAGCCCCCAGGAGCAGCAGCUACAGCAGCCCGCCUCGGCUGGCAGCCUGCUGCGAGCCAAGCCAAAGAAUGGCAAGAGCCUGCGCUCGCGGCUGCGCAAGAGCCUGGUGGGCAACUCCUUCGAUACCAAACAGCUGUCGGCGCUGACGCCGACGCGCAGCACCUUCUACAUCGAGGAUCCGCCGUCGCAGCAGCAGCUGCUGGCGCUGCAGCAGGCGCAGCACGGCUCCGGCGAGCUGGACUCGGGCUUCUCGGAGAAGGCCUCCUCCGGCGACCUGCCCGUCGUGCUGCCUGCGCCGCACGACGACGUCGAGGCGCACAAGUUCUCGACGGUUGCACGCAAAACCAAAAAGGAGGCCAAGGCCCUCCGGCGCCGCACCACAAUUGGCGUGCGUCCACACGAGCCGCCCCCGCCGCCGCCAGCGGCAGUCGAGCUGCGCGGCAACAGAACGCAACAGGAUGCACAUUCACCCACCUCCUGGUAUGCCGAAUGCGGCGUCUUCAAGCAGUCAACAUCUACAACAACAACAGCAUCAACAACUGAGCUGACCACGCCCACGCCCAGUGCCAAUGGCGGCGGCAGCAGCUCGUGGUAUGCCGAGUCAGGUCUCUACCAGACCAGCGGCAUAUCAGUGGCCAGUUCGAGCGGCAGCUCCGGCGUCUCCACGGGCAACGAGGCGGGCCUGGGCGAUGAGCUGCAGCCGCACAGUUUGUUCGACAACGAGCCCCUCUACCAGGUCUACAGCGCCGCCAAGCUGGAGUCCAUUACGCGCGACCUGGAGGCACAGGAGGGCUCCACGGAUGGCUACGAGGAGAUUGGCCACACCAAGGCACAGCCGACGCAGCGGAAGGCGCGUCCCAGCGCUCUGCAGCUGGUCGAGCCCAAGAAUGGGCCAUCCCGCACGCUCUGGAGCGAAAUACCCGAGGUCAUCCAUUCCUGCAUCUUGCCUACGUUGACGCCCCGGGAGCGCGGCCUGCAGGAGGCCAAGUUCGAGAUCAUGACGUCUGAGGCGAGCUACCUGAAAUCCCUGAAUCUGCUGCGUCGCCAUUUCAUGAACAAUGCCGCCUUCUGCGACAGCUCCGUGCUGAGCACGCGCGACCGCAAGGCGCUCUUCUCCUACAUUGUGCCCGUGCACGAGUGCUCGGAGCGUCUGCUCACCGAGCUGGAGUGCUGCUGGCAGAACAACAUCAUGCUGCUGGGGCUGAGCCGCUGCAUCUACGAGAUUGCCGAGCGGCAUUUCCAUGUGUACAUCACGUUCUGCGAGCACCAGGGCCGCAUGGAUCGCACGCUGCGUCGCCUCAAGGAGGCGAAGAGCGGCGCCUUCCAGCAGCAGCUGGAGAAGCUCGAAGCCAGCCCCAGCUGCUGUGGUCUCAAUCUGCACUCGUUCCUCAUGCUGCCUAUGCAGCGAAUCACGCGGCUGCCACUGCUCAUCGAUGCCGUGUUCAGCAAGGAGUCACCGCACAAUGCCGACGAGUACGAGAGCUGGAAGCUGACGCUGGCGCUCGUCCAGAAGAUCGUUGCGCAGUGCAACGAGGCGGCCAAUCGCUGUGAGCAGGCCUACGAAUUGGAGCGUAUUUCCAAGCAGCUCGAGUUCCCCACCCAUAUACGCGCCCUGGCCAUAGCGCCGAUGGGCGUGCCCAAGCAGGGCGCCAAACCGCGUUUCCUGGUCAAACGGGGCGAGCUGACGCAUCUCAUGUGGCGCGGCGACGAUGCCAAGCUGACGUUCGGCAAACGCUUCACCAAGUCUAGCAUCUAUGCGUUCCUCUUUUCCGACCUGCUGGUGCUCUGCAAGCGCAAGGGCGAGUCUAACUUCACGGUGUUCGACUACUGCCCCCGCAGCAUGCUGACCCUGGCGUCGGGCGACUCACUGCCCCAGCUGCCCACCAAAGACAUCAAGGAUCCGACUAGUAAAAAUCUCAUGCUGAUGACGCUGCUGGAGAACCACGAACGCAAGACCAUAGAACUUGUGCUGUCCUGUCCGUCGGUAUCCGAUCAGCAGCGCUGGCUGGAGGCCAUGCGUCCACCGGAGGCGGAAACGCCUGGCGAGAAAUUGUACGAGUCCUGGGACUGUCCGCAGGUCAUUGCCAAGCACAGCUACGAAUCUGAUGAGCCAGAUGUGCUACAGCUGGAGCUGGGCGACGUGGUAAACGUCUCACGCAAGCUGCCUGAUGGCUGGUACCAGGGCGAACGCAUCAGGGACGGCGCCGUCGGCUGGUUCCCCGGCAGCUACACGGAGGAGCUGAACUCGUCCCAUGUACGCGCCCGCAAUCUGAAGCAGCGCCAUCGCCUGCUCACCUUUACCGCCACCUACCUGGAGGCGCAAAAGGGCAAAUGAUUCUCGACUCCGCCAUCUCCCAACCGGCCACUCAUAGUUGGCCGAGUAUUCAAAUAUUAUAGUCCAUCAAAAGAUAUAAUUUGUAUAAGUACAUAUAUACAACAAUUUAGGA